AUGUGGGGCCCGCAACCGGCUUGUCCCGCCGGCGUCGAUGACUCUCUCGGCCCGUGGGCCGGAGACGAGUGCCGGGGCGGCUUCGACUUUACGCUGCUGUUCGAGGAGGCCGUUCUCGCGGUUCCCCUGCAUUGUCUGCUGCUGCUGGUCCUUCCCGCCUGCGCCCUGCGCCUCGCCGGGGCCGAUGUCAAGGUCGUUGCCAGCACCCAGCGUGCUCUCAAAGCUGUUCCCCUCAACCUUGCUCUACUCGUUCUCUGGGCCACCACUUCGUCUGCCGCCAUCACGCACACCCGAGCAACGAUUCCAGCUGCUGUUCUAGGUCUGCUCGCCUCGCUGGGAGUCGGCUUGCUAUCAUGGCUCGAACACGACCGGUCCGUGAGGCCGUCCUUCGUCCUCUCGACGUACCUCUUUCUGUCCGUCUUGCUGGACACCGCCCGUGCUCGCACUCUGUGGAUGCUUGGCCCGAACCAGACCAUCCCGGCCAUCUUCACCUGCACGCUGGCCUUGAGGGCCGUGAUGAUCCUGCUUGAGUCGACCGAGAAGCGCCGCAUCCUGGUCCCGCAGCACAAAGGAUAUUCCAAGGAAGUGACCAGCGGCACCUUCAACCGCUCCGUCUUUUUCUGGCUGACGUCACUCUUCAUCAACGGGUACAGAAACAUCCUCAAGCUAGAAGACCUGUACCCCCUCGACCCGAAGCUGGCUUCCGAGCCGCUCUACAAGAAACUCGCGGACGCGUGGGACCAAGUCCCCGACAAGACCAGGCCCGGCGCUCUGUUCAGCACCUGGCUCCGCGUGUUCGCGGGACCCAUGUCCGCGGCCGUCGUUCCGAAACUCUUCCAGAUCAGCUUCAACUACGCACAGCCGCUGCUCAUCCAGCAGGCCAUCGAGCUCGCCGGCCUGCCCCAGACCCGGGAAUACCGCAAUCGCGGUUUUGGCUUGAUAGGCGCUUACGUCCUCGUCUACACCGGUAUUGCAGUUUCGACGGGCCAGUAUGAGUGGCGGACGCAUCGUACGGCCGCCAUGCUGAGGGGCAGCACCACCGCCCUCAUCUAUCAGAAGGCGCUGCGUUUGGAUUUGACUUCGCCCAACGUCAGCCCUGCGGGUGCGCUGACGUUGGUCGGGACCGAUAGCGAGCAGAUCAGCCAGGGCGUCAACCAGCUACACGAGAUAUGGGGUGGUCUCGUCGAGAUCGGCAUCGGCAUCUACUUGAUCUACAGGCAGCUUGGCGCCGCGUGUGCCAUGCCAGUCGCUCUCGUGUUUGCCACCAUAAUCUUGAUGGGAUUCUUGGCAGUUCCUACGGGUAAAGCAUCCGCGCAAUGGAUCAAGGCUUCGCAGGACCGGGUCACGACGACCUCCAAGACCCUCGGCAGCAUCAAGUGGCUCAAGGUAUCCGGCCUCAAUGAUGUGGCAUUCUCCGUCAUACAGAACCUCCGCAGCACCGAGUUGGUCGUGUCCAAGAGGUACAGAGUCCUCCUUGGCAUCUCCAUGAUGUUGAUGAUUUGCACCCCGAUAUGGUCUCCGAUCCUCACGCUCGGCACAUUUGCGGGAAUCGCCUCUGGAUCGGACGAUGUCUUGACAAUCUCCAAAGCCUUCACGGCCAUUUCCAUCUUGACACUGGUGAACCAGCCUCUGGCGGGCAUCAUCAUGGCUCUGCCCAUCACGGCGACUGCGGUCACUUCUUUCCAGCGCAUCCAGGACUUCCUGAACGGAAAGGAGAGGGCCGACACCAGAGUGGCCACAAUAAGCGAGAAGAGGCGCUCGAAACCUCUCAUAACUCCAGAGACCUCAAUGAAAAUUUCCCCGCCGAUUCAGGACGUUGAGCUCGCAGAGGUCUGUAAAUCCGAAACACGCAGUGAAAGCCUCCCACAGAACGUCGUCGCCUCCGUGAAGGGGUCCUUUUCUUGGUCUGACGAUGCCAAACCUGUCAUUGACAUUGAAUCUUGGAGCAUUAGACGUCGGGCGUUCACGUUAGUUCUGGGGCCCGUUGGGUGCGGCAAGUCGACGCUACUCAAAGCUCUCCUAGGUGAACUUUCGUCUUUCAGGGGUAUCAUCCGUACCAACUUCUCAGGGGCUACCUACUGCGGUCAAUCGGCCUGGAUUCCAAACGCUACGGUGCGUGAUAUCGUCAUCGGCCACGGCGCCUUUGACGAGUCUUGGUACAGGAGAGUGAUUACUGCAUGUGCCCUCGAACAGGACAUCGCGAGCUGGCCAAAUGGCGACGGAACAGUAGCUGGGACGAAGGGCAUCUCCAUGAGCGGGGGUCAGAAGCAUCGCUUGGCCAUUGCCAGAGCUUUGUAUGCACGCCAAGAGCUUCUUCUACUUGAUGAUGUCUUUAGCGGUCUUGACUCUGGCACAGAGGAAAUCGUGUUCGGCAACCUACUUGGUAGCAACGGCUUGCUUCGUAACAAUGACACGACCGUCAUCCUAGUCUCAUCAGACUAUACAUCUGGUCUGGGGAAUGAAAAGCCCCCCGAGGCGGUCAUCAACGCGCUGGAGAAACAGGCGGAUGCAACCCGUCAACUCGGCGACUGGGCCAUGUACAGCUUCUAUGCCAAAGCGGCGGGAUGGUUUAGCCUGUCAAUGUUUGCCGGCUUUAUGGUCGUGUUUGCAUUCUUCGACUCCUUCCCCGACAUCUGGCUCAAAUGGUGGACAGAGGCAAACGAACAGAGACCCAACCAAGAUCUCGGCAAGUGGGUGGGCGUUUACGCCGCUCUCGGCGUGGGAUCGAUUGUCUCGUUCUUUAUCAGUAUAUGGUUUCUCUUCAUCAUCAUCAUAAACCACUCUGGCGUCUACUUCCACAGCGUUCUUCUGGAGACUACAUCACGCGCUCCCAUGACAUUCCACAGCUCCGUCGACAGCGGCGUCACCGUCAACCGCUUCAGCCAAGACCUCCAGCUCAUCGACAUGGAGCUCCCCGCCGCCGCUCUCGGCGUCGCCGUCGGCGUCGUCUUCGGCAUCGCCCGCUUCGUCAUGAUGUCCGUGUCCUCCCGCUACAUGGCCGUCAUCCUCCCCUUCCUCGUCCCCGCCUUCUACGCGCUCCAGCACUUCUACCUGCGCACCUCCCGCCAGAUGCGCCUUCUCGAUAUUGAGCACAAGGCGCCCCUCUACACGCAGCUAAUCGAAACUCUGGAGGGUCUCGCUACCAUCAGAGCAUUCAAAUGGGAAGACGCUUUCGAGGCGGCUAAUAUGCAUCGCCUGGAUGACUCGCAGCGGCCCAGCUAUCUCCUCAGCUGCCUCCAGCGAUGGCUGACUUUCGCUGUGGACAUGACUAUUACAGUCAUCGCUUUGAUCCUGAUCGUCCUCGUGACUACUCUCCGAGAGCAGAUCGGGCCUGCGUUCAUCGGUAUUGCUUUGAACAAUGUUCUCUCCUUCAGCGGCGUGAUCAAGGCGCUGAUUACGUCUUGGGUUAUGCUCGAGGUGUCGCUGGGUGCGGUGGCUAGGGUGAGGAACUUUGCUACCAACACGAAGCCUGAGGGUGCCUCGCAUGAGCUCCGUGAGCCGGAUGGAGAGUGGCCUGGUCACGGGGCUGUCGAGCUUCGGGAUGUUACUGCAUCGUAUUUGUCAGGGGGCGCCGUUCUCAAAGGCAUCUCCAUGUCUAUUGAACCUGGACAAAAAGUCGCCAUUUGUGGACGAACCGGCAGCGGCAAAAGUUCCAUAGUGCUGUCCCUCCUCCGCAUGCUCGAUCUAGACGGCGGUUCCAUCAUCAUCGACGGCAUCGACCUGUCCACCCUUCCCCACGAAUACGUACGCUCCCAUCUCGUCGCCGUGCCGCAGGAGUCGUACAUCUUCGAUGGCAGCGUGCGGCUCAAUAUCGACCCGACCGAGACCGUGCCAGACUCUGAUGUCAUCGAGGCCCUCGAGAAGGUGCAGCUCUGGGGCAAGGUCGAGGAACGAGGCGGCCUCGAUUCCCUAAUUGACGACAAAUUCUUUUCGCAGGGCGAGGCGCAGCUUUUGGUCUUUGCCAGAGCCAUGCUGCGGAAGGGCAAGGUCCUGAUUCUCGAUGAGAUCACGAGCAGUUUGAAUGACGAGUCAAGUCACGUCAUUGAUGAAGUCUUGCGAUCCUGGUUCCAGGACUGGACCAUCAUCGCCAUCGCACACAAACUGGAAUCCAUUGUGGACUUUGACAGAGUUGCGGUCGUUGAUGCCGGUGAACUGAUCGAGUAUGGCAGACCGAAAGAGCUCCUUGGGAGGAAUUCGGCGUUCAAGGCUUUGUAUGAGCGCUCAUCUACUACGUCUGACUGA